UAUUCAAAAGAAACAACUUCACACUGAAAGCCAAGUAACAUAAGUAAGACACGUGCGUAGAUGUGUUCCAAACAACUUCACAUUGUGCAACUCACUUCAUCGUGUUUCUUUACAAAUGAACUAGCUGAAAAUAUCAUUGUACACAGAAAUAAAGCGACUGGUGCUCAUUCGGUCUGUUUGUGGGGGACUGAAAGACAUUUUGGGGGUACACUAUGCACUUUAAACAUUCACAAACAUCAGAGCUCUAUGUACUUUAGUGUAAUCUCUUUUUUUCCCCUGUGAACACGUUUUCUUUGCGCAAUAAGAAGUGUGUGCGGCUUCCUAAUGUGGCCCGCAGUGUUGUAGAAAGCAGGUGUACAAAGCAGGGGAGAAAGUAUGCAGUUGACCAGGCUGAGUAUAUAUUACACUGUUUCAUUUCCAGCCAUGCCCUGUGUUCAGGCUCAGUAUGGGUCAUCGCCUCAAGGAGCCAGCCCAGCUUCCCAGAGCUACAGUUACCACUCUUCAGGAGAAUACAGCUCCGAUUUCUUAACUCCAGAGUUUGUCAAGUUUAGCAUGGACCUCACCAACACUGAAAUCACUGCCACCACUUCUCUCCCCAGCUUCAGUACCUUUAUGGACAACUACAGCACAAGCUACGACGUGAAGCCACCUUGCUUGUACCAAAUGCCCCUGUCCGGACAGCAGUCCUCUAUUAAAGUGGAAGACAUUCAGAUGCACAGCUACCAGCAACACAACCACCUCCCCCCCCAGUCGGAGGAGAUGAUGCCUCAUUCAGGCUCCGUUUACUACAAGCCUUCGUCGCCCCCGACUCCCACCACCCCCGGCUUCCAGGUGCAGCACAGCCCCAUGUGGGACGACCCUGGCUCCCUCCACAACUUCCACCAGAAUUACGUGGCCACCACCCACAUGAUCGAGCAGAGGAAAACGCCAGUGUCCAGGCUCUCCUUAUUCUCAUUUAAGCAAUCACCCCCAGGAACCCCAGUGUCCAGCUGCCAGAUGCGAUUUGACGGGCCCCUCCACGUGCCCAUGAACCCAGAGCCAUCCGGGGCCCACCAUGUAGUCGAUGGCCAGACAUUUGCAGUGCCCAAUCCCAUCCGCAAACAGGCAUCCAUGGGCUUCCCAGGGCUACAGAUUGGCCAUGCUUCCCAGCUGCUGGACACCCAGGUGCCAUCCCCUCCCUCCCGGGGAUCUCCAUCCAACGAGGGCCUCUGUGCAGUGUGCGGGGACAACGCGGCCUGCCAGCACUACGGAGUGCGCACCUGUGAGGGCUGCAAAGGGUUCUUCAAGCGCACUGUCCAGAAAAACGCAAAAUACGUGUGUUUAGCAAAUAAAAACUGCCCAGUUGACAAACGCCGCAGAAAUCGCUGUCAGUAUUGUCGGUUUCAAAAGUGCCUUGCAGUUGGCAUGGUCAAAGAAGUGGUACGCACAGACAGUUUAAAAGGCCGAAGGGGUCGCUUACCAUCCAAACCGAAGAGCCCCCAGGAGCCCUCUCCCCCCUCUCCCCCGGUGAGUCUGAUCAGUGCCCUGGUGAGAGCCCAUGUCGACUCCAACCCGGCUAUGAGCAGCCUGGACUAUUCCAGGUUCCAGGCUAACCCUGACUACCAGAUGAGUGGAGAUGACACUCAGCAUAUCCAGCAGUUUUAUGAUCUCUUGACCGGCUCCAUGGAGAUCAUCCGAGGAUGGGCAGAAAAAAUCCCUGGUUUCACUGACCUUUCUAAACCAGACCAGGACCUCCUCUUCGAAUCCGCUUUCUUGGAACUGUUUGUGCUGCGGCUAGCAUACAGGUCCAGCCCAGUGGAGGGCAAGCUUAUCUUUUGCAAUGGGGUGGUCCUGCACAGGUUGCAAUGUGUCCGUGGCUUUGGAGAAUGGAUUGAUUCCAUUGUUGAAUUCUCCUCCAACUUGCAAAAUAUGAACAUCGACAUAUCUGCCUUCUCAUGCAUCGCUGCCCUGGCUAUGGUAACAGAGAGGCACGGGCUAAAGGAACCCAAGAGGGUGGAAGAACUUCAGAACAAGAUUGUAAAUUGUCUCAAAGACCAUGUGACUUUCAAUAACGGAGGUUUGAAUCGCCCCAAUUAUUUGUCCAAACUCUUGGGGAAGCUCCCUGAACUUCGCACCCUUUGCACACAGGGGCUGCAACGCAUUUUCUACCUGAAACUAGAAGAUUUGGUGCCACCUCCAGCAAUAAUCGACAAACUUUUUCUGGACACUUUACCUUUUUAAGACUCUUCCCAUGCACUUAAAGUGAACUUUAAAGAAAAUAAACUCGACCUGUCUGAAGGGGAAUUCACCUGUGCGCAAAGCAGCACCUUUGGGUGCCAGAUUCCCAUCCCCAAAACUGUUGCUAACCUCUUGAAGGCAGAACGUGAAUGGGCAUUUUGGCUCUGGGGCAUCAAGGAUUCAGAUGAUGGACAACUUAAAUACCAUGGUAUAAGCUUUUUAUUAUCGGCUCAAAAUAUUAAGAAGGACUUCUGAUUAAAAAGACGAUCAUAUUUGGCAACGCCGGGCUAAGACUCAUAUGAUGACAAAGUAUUAAGGUGACCCACAAGUCUCACCCUCUUAAAGACUAAAGUUUUCUGAUGUAAAAGAAAGCUGUAAUAUAUACUAAAAACUAAAUGUUGCGUGGGUGGCAUGAAAUUAAAGAAGGCAAAGACUUGUAAAUUUAUCAGAUGCAGUUUGGCUUUUUAAAUUAUUCUGUGCCUAUUUAUGAAUAAAUAUUAAAACCAAUUCUAAAAGAAAGAACAUAGAUGUGUUUGCAAAUAAAGAGAAUUAAGUAACUCAAUGAAAUGGGAAAGCAUGAUGAUUCUAGGAUGAUAAUGUUAUAGGCACUUGCUAUUUCAGUAAUGUCUAUAUUCUAUAAAUAGUAUUUCAGACACUAUGUAGUCUGUUAGAUUUUAUAAAGAUUGGUAGUUAUCUAAGCUUCAAACAUUUUCUCAAUUGUAAAAUAGGUGGGCACAAGUAUUACAAAACCGAAAUCUUGGACAAAGGGGCACAUAGUGUUUGUAAACACCGUCCAACAUUCCUUGUUUGUAAGUGUUGUAUGUACUGUUGAUGUUGAUUAAAAAAAGUUUAUAUCUUGA